AGGAGCCUGAGGAGAUGUUACAUUUUCAGCCCUUGCACGAGGCUGAUUCUGUCUCCUUGGAGCAAAGUUCUCCAGGCUAAUUUUGUCCAGUAAACUGAAGUUCUUCUGAAAAAUCUCUAUAACAUUCUUUCAGGUGCCUCCAAAACCCCUCAAAUGUCCUCUUGGAGGGACAUCCUACUUCUCAAGUGGGGUGUGAGAAACAGGUUUCCCUAGUCCUCAGCUCAUUCCUGCUUUGCAGUGGAUGACAUCACUGACCUUGGGCAAGUCUGUGGGUCCACCUCACCUCAAAUUAACAUUUGUGUUAAUGUGGAGGUGGUUCUUGUCCUCUCCUUCCACACCUGCUCGCUUGGGAAUCCCUGAGGAAUGUGUGCCAUGUUUCUGGGGAUACAGCCAGGUCUGGCCCUGCUGCUUUCUCUCUCUUAGCAAAACAACUGCACUUUUUCUUUCUGUUUUCCCAUCUCUCUCCCUUCCCUCCUGGCCUCCGUCUCUCCUCGGGUGAAUGAAUGGCUGUGCUUGGGUUUGGAGCUCUCUCCCCAAGCGAGGGGCAGGUUUUCCUUAGGGGCAGGAAGGGGAUUCCACUUCUGUGCUCUCACAGGGCAGGAGUUGAUGUGCCUUUAUGAUAGGUCAUGGCUUUGAUGACAUAUCUGUCCGAAUUCCUGGAGUGGUUUUCCUUUGAGUCAAGCAGAUAGUUGUCUGCACCAGGACCUGCUGCUUGUGCUUCCUUUAACAGCUCAUUCCUGGAAGCAGCCUUGGGAGAGGCACUUUUCCGAGUUUUUUGCCCAGUUCUGAAGGGGAAGCGAGGAUGACUGCAGUGGACACGCUCUCGGACAGCUCCGAAGUGGUCGAGAUGGAGGAUGUGCCUUCCCAAUUCCAGUUUGUCCGGAAAACAGAGGAGUCCAGCCCGCACUCCCACCGCCUCUAUUACCUGGGAAUGCCAUAUGGUAGCAGAGAGAAUUCCCUUCUUUACUCAGAGAUUCCCAAAAAGGUACGGAAGGAGGCCUUGCUGCUCUUGUCCUGGAAACAGAUGCUGGAUCACUUUCAGGCAACCCCUCACCACGGGAUGUAUUCCAGAGAGGAGGAGCUCCUGAGGGAGCGCAAGAGGCUGGGUGUCUUUGGGAUAACAUCUUAUGACUUCCACAGUGAGAGUGGCCUGUUCCUCUUCCAGGCCAGCAACAGCCUCUUCCACUGUCGAGAUGGGGGCAAGAACGGGUUCAUGGUGUCUCCAAUGAAGCCUCUGGAGAUCAAGACUCAGUGCACGGGGCCACGGAUGGAUCCCAAAAUCUGCCCUGCUGACCCAGCCUUCUUCUCCUUCAUUAACAACAACGACCUGUGGGUGGCAAACAUCGAGACGGGCGAGGAGAGGCGGCUGACGUACUGCCAUAAAGGCUUGUCCAAUGUUCUGGAUGACCCCAAGUCUGCUGGUGUCGCCACUUUUGUCAUUCAGGAGGAGUUUGAUCGCUUCACGGGCUAUUGGUGGUGUCCCACAGCUUCCACAGAAGGUUCAGAGGAUCUGAAAACACUGCGGAUCUUGUAUGAGGAAGUGGAUGAGUCGGAGGUGGAGAUAAUUCAUGUUCCUUCACCUGCCUUGGAGGAGAGAAAAACAGAUUCCUACCGGUACCCCAGGACAGGCAGCAAAAACCCCAAGAUUACAUUGAAACUGGCAGAAUUUAAAACAGACAGCAAGGGUAAGAUUGUGUGUGCUCAGGACAAGGAGCUGGUGCAACCCUUUGCUGCCUUGUUUCCCACUGUGGAGUACAUUGCCCGUGCUGGAUGGACCCGGGAUGGCAAAUUUGCCUGGGCUAUGUUCCUAGACAGACCUCAGCAGCGGCUCCAGCUAGUCCUCCUGCCUCCAGCACUCUUUAUUCCAGUCCCAGAAAAUGAGGAGCAGCGUGCUGAAUUUGCCAAAACUGUGCCAGAAAAUGUCCAGCCAUUUGUGAUCUAUGAAGAAACCACUGACGUGUGGAUAAAUGUUCAUGACAUCUUCUAUCCUUUCAUCCAGCCGGAGGGGGAGGAGGAAGAGCUGUGCUUUAUCCGAGCCAACGAGUGCAAAACGGGCUUCUGCCACCUGUACAGGGUGACAGCAGUGCUGAAGCCAGGCAGCCACGACUGGGGGCAGCCCUGUGUCCACACUGAGGAUGAUUUCAAAUGCCCCAUCAAGGAGGAGAUUGCCCUGACUGCUGGGGAGUGGGAGGUGCUGGCGAGGCACGGAUCCAAGAUCUGGGUGAACGAGGCCACCAAGCUGGUGUACUUCCAAGGCACGAGGGACACCCCGCUGGAGCACCACCUCUACGUGGUCAGCUACGAGAGUCCCGGGGAGAUCCUGCGCCUCACCACGCCAGGCUUCUCCCACAGCUGCUCCAUGAGCCAGAACUUUGACAUGUUCAUCAGCCACUACAGCAGCGUGAGCACCCCUCCCUGCGUGCACAUCUACAAGCUCAGCGGCUCCGACGACGACCCUCUGCACAAGCAGCCCAAGUUCUGGGCCAGCAUGAUGGAGGCAGCCAGCUGUCCCCCAGACUACGUCCCCCCGGAGAUCUUCCACUUCCGCACGCAGUCGGACGUGGAGCUCUACGGAAUGGUGUACAAACCCCACGACGUGCAGCCGGGCAAGAAGCAUCCCACGGUGCUCUUCGUGUAUGGAGGCCCCCAGGUGCAGCUGGUGAACAACUCCUUCAAAGGCAUCAAGUACCUGAGGCUGAACACACUGGCAUCCCUGGGCUAUGCUGUGGUGGUGAUUGAUGGAAGGGGAUCAUGCCAGCGAGGCCUCAAAUUUGAAGGGGCCCUGAAAAACCAAAUGGGUCAGGUGGAGAUAGAGGACCAGGUGGAAGGUUUACAUUACGUAGCAGAAAAAUACGGGUUCAUCGACUUGAGCCGGGUCGCCAUCCAUGGCUGGUCCUAUGGGGGCUUUCUGUCCCUCAUGGGGCUCAUCUGUAAACCCAACGUCUUCAAGAUUGCCAUAGCAGGUGCCCCUGUCACCGUGUGGAUGGCCUACGACACCGGCUACACCGAGCGCUACAUGGACGUCCCCGAGAACAACCAGCAGGGCUACGAGGCUGGCUCGGUGGCACUGCACGUGGAAAAGCUUCCCAACGAGCCAAAUCGUUUGCUGAUCCUCCAUGGCUUUUUGGAUGAAAAUGUGCACUUUUUUCACACCAACUUCCUGGUAUCGCAGCUAAUCCGGGCUGGAAAACCUUACCAGCUGCAGAUCUACCCCAACGAGAGACACAGUAUUCGGUGCCCUGAGUCAGGAGAGCACUACGAAAUCACGCUGCUGCACUUUCUACAAGAAUACCUCUGAGAGCACGAGCCUCUGCAAACUGGACACUGACAGCUCACCUGCCCCGUGCCCUCCUGCUCCCCGGCAGCGUCCAACCAGAGCACAAGGGGCUGAGUGCCCACGGCGGGCUGGGGAUACCCCCAGGCCAGGGGGAAAAGCUGGAGGGCAUCUUCCCUUUGGACAGUGCCACCUUCUCUCACUUUCCACGCUGGAGGUCUGCCCCUGCUCGGCUGCUCGUCCUCCUCCUCUCCUCCAGCCUGGCUGUUCAACGCUUUUUUUUGCUGCUACUCCCUCUCUCCUGGGAAUCAAUGGACAGUGGUCUGUGUCCCGAGGCUGAGGUUUGUGUCCAUCUCUCUCUCCCCGGUCCUUUUCCCUCUCCACUGCACCUGUGCAGUUCCCAAACUCUCAUCUGCAAGAACUCAGUGCCUGUGUUGGAAACGGAAGAGCCGAAUCAGAAGCUGCCUUAAGCCAGGAGUGAAGGGAAGAGAGAACUACCUACUGCUCCCCUGGGGAUGUGCUCUGUGUCCUGGCCCUGCUGCCACGCCGGAGCCCUGGGAGGUGAAGAGAGGUCUACAGAAGCAUGCAACACUAGUCUUUUUUUAUAUAUAUCUAUUUUCCAGUUCAAAUUUGCAGAGCAGAUGGAGGAAGGGGCCGGUAACGGCGUCCUCUGAGCCUUCCUCUCAUGGCCGCUCGCUCUCACAGAGUUGUGCCAACAGGUAGCACUGGCAGCUGGCUGCAGCCAGGGCCUCUCUCCAGAGCUCACAGCAGCAUUUGGGUUUUUGCAACACAAGAUGGAUGAUAUUUAUGCAAACCCUCCCUCCCUCCGUUCUCUGUGCCGCCUCCCUCCCCGAGCUUCCCAAUGUGCACUGAAAUCAGCUGUGCUUCAGUUCUCUGCGGGUCAGUGACUGGUCCCCCUGCCCGUCUGCUCAGCAAUGCUCUCUCCUGGUUUUUAUUUACCUGGGCAACAGGAACUGCAGUUCUGGGGAGGGGGAUUGAGCAAUCACACCUCAGGGGAGCACAUCCCCCCCUCAAGCCAAGGGUUCUGCCAGGGGCAAAAUGAAAACAAACAAAACCCACCCAAAUGAACCACGUUGACUUGCCCUGGAGUAUUUUAAGUGCGUAUUAUGAAAAGAAAAUAUUUUUAUGGAUUCUUAUUCUUUUAUAAUUAUGAGUGUAAGAUGUAGCGACUCAUUAAAAUAUUGGAAAGAGACGUGGUGGCUGCUU